CCCCGCCCGCCGCUCCCGGCGGCAGCCCCCGCCGCCCCCGUCCUAUGCGACCCGCCCCGGCGCCAAGAUGAAAGACGAUUUUGCAGAAGAGGAGGAGGUGCAGUCCUUUGGCUACAAGAGGUUUGGUAUUCAGGAGGGGACUCAAUGUACCAAAUGUAAAAAUAAUUGGGCACUGAAGUUUUCCAUCAUCCUAUUAUAUAUUUUAUGUGCCCUGUUAACAAUUACAGUAGCCAUUCUGGGAUAUAAAGUUGUAGAAAAAAUGGACAAUGUCACAGGUGGCCUGGAAACGUCCCACAGAAGAUAUACAGAAAAACUCACAGAGGUGGAGAGUGGUCUGAAGAAAUUAGAUGACCAAGCUGGACAAAAAGCCAUGAAUACAAACACUGAACUGUCUAGCUUCAGAUCUGAUAUUCUGUCUCUUCGUCAGCAGCUUCAUGACAUUGCAGAGAAAACAACUAGAAAUAAAGAUACACUGGAGAAGCUGCAAGAGUCUGGAAAUGUAUUAGAUGAUAGACAGAGCCAAAUGAAAAGCAUCUUAGAUAGCAACUCUUUCAUGAUUAUCAGUGUCAAUAAGACUCUUCAGGCAUAUACUGGCUAUAUCAACAAUCUUCAACAGGACACAAGUAAUAUCCAAACAAAUUUGCAAAACCAAGUGCAUUCUCAUAAUGUGGUCAUCAUGAACCUGAACAAUUUAAACCUGACACAAAUACAGCAAAGAAAUCUUAUCAGUGUUCUGCAGAAGUCAAUGGAAGAUACAAGUUUGGCUAUCCUAAGAAUCAAAAAUGACUUCCAAAAUCUGCAGCAGGUUGUCCUUCAAGCCCGGAAAGACACUGAUUGGCUUAAGGAGAAAGUACAAAAUUUACAGACUUUAGCAGCCAACAACUCAGCAUUGGCAAAAGCUAACAACGAUACGCUUGAAGACAUGAACAAUCAGCUCAGCUCCUUCAGUGGGCAAAUGGAGAACAUCACCACAAUUGCCCAAGCGAACGAACAAAAUCUAAAGGAUCUCCAGGAACAGCAUAAAGAAUAUGAAAAUAGAACUUCUGCCAAAUUCAACCAGCUGGAAGAGCGAUUCCAGGUCUUUGAGACCGAUGUAGUCAAUAUCAUCAGCAACAUCAGCUACACUGCCCAUCAUCUACGGACACUGACUGGCAAUCUCAAUGAGGUCAGGACAACUUGUACAGACACCUUAAGUAAACAUUCAGAUGAGCUGAUUUUUAUGAACAGCACACUAGCCAAUAUUCGCUUAGACUCUACAUCUCUCAAGAUGCAGCAGGAUUUGAUGAGGUCAAGACUAGAUGUUGAAGUUGCCAAUUUGUCAGUAAUUAUGGAAGAAAUGAAGCUAGUAGAUUCCAAACAUGGCCAGCUCAUCAAGAACUUCACUAUCCUGCAAGGUCCUCCUGGUCCAAGGGGACCUAAAGGUGACAGAGGACCUGCAGGUCCUCUCGGCCCCGCUGGUCUAAAAGGACAAAAAGGAGAGAAGGGAGAGCCAGGACCUCCAGGACCUGCAGGUGAAAAGGGCCCACCUGGGCCAGCUGGGCCACCAGGAGAAAAAGGAGGGAAAGGUUCGAGAGGAUCACCUGGCUCCAAAGGUCAGAGAGGCUCUCCUGGUAAGACAGGUCUGCCAGGACCAAGUGGAGACCCAGGGCCACCUGGGCCACAAGGCAAAGAUGGUCCUCCGGGGCCACAAGGCCCACCAGGAUUUCAAGGACUGCAAGGAACUGUGGGAGAACCAGGCGUGCCAGGACCUCGAGGAUUGCCUGGGCUACCUGGAGUCCCUGGGCUCCCUGGUCCAAAAGGCCCACCUGGCCCACCAGGGCCCCCAGGUCCAGGAAUGCCAAUGGCACUACAAAGUGAACCUACAUCAGUGCCCGAGGCUAAUGGUUGUUCUCCUCGUUGGAAGAAUUAUACAGAGAAGUGUUACUACUUUUCAAUCGAAAGAGAAAUUUUUGAAGAGGCAAAGUUAUUCUGUGAAGAGAAGGCAUCACGCUUGGUUAUCAUAAACAACAAAGAGGAACAGCAAUGGCUAAAAAGGCAGAUUCUUGGGAAAGGCAGCUUCUGGAUUGGGCUUACAGAUUCAGAGAAGGAAAAUGAAUGGAGAUGGCUGGAUGGAUCCUUACCAGUUUACACAAACUGGAAAACUGGGCAACCUGAUAACUGGAGCCAUGGGCACGGGCCAGGGGAAGACUGCGCCGGGUUAAUCUAUGCUGGACUCUGGAAUGACUUUUACUGUGAAGAUGUGAACAAUUUCAUUUGUGAAAAAGACAUGGACAAAGGUAUUUCUCCUCCUGGACUUACAGAACUUGCAUAAGAAUUCCUUAAAUUUUUUAAGAUACCUUGAUCUCGAAAUUUCCUUAAAGAAGAAGAAAGAUCCCAGAAGAGAUCAACAUCUCCUACCAAAAUGGAAAGAGUUAAAGCAAGCACUGAAAACUGGUUUAAAUGGCAUUCAGCAACUCUUCUUCAGCAUUCUGCAAUUAUUCCAGGCCUUUCAACCCAAAACAUCAGGAGCUUAUCAGAAAUACAGUUGGACUAAUUCAGUUACAGAUUUUCUUCCCAACUGGUAACCACAUACAUACGUAACUGUCUUUUGAGAAAAGACAUUCUGUCAAUCGGAGUAAGACUGUUGGUCAUUCAUUUAUAGAAAAACAUAUAAAGCAACUGUGUAAACAGUAUGUUCAUUUGCUAAAAUCCCAAAUGUAGGAAAAUUAUACAGAUACACGAAUAUAUAGAUUUUAUAUAAAUAUAUAUAUAUAGUCCAACUCUUAUCAAUAAUAUGGAAUAUACUUUUAAGAGCUUUUAAAACUUUGUAUUUUUGUACAAAAUAUUUGCUUUUUACAAUUGUUCUCUUUUUUACUGACCUUUUUUUUUUUUUUUUUUUUUUUUUUAACAAAUAUAGUGCACAGGAGCCAAAGAAAACAAUAAAGGUACUAAUAAUUCAUUAAAGGUUUGCUAUCAGGCCUAGCUCAGCUAUAGAGAAAUAUUUUUCCAGUUAGAUAAAUUUGUAUUUUCCCAGAUGAAUUGUUCUGGUUAAAUAACUUUUAUGGCAGAUUUUAGAUAGUGUUUUCCUUACUGUAUGCAGUCCAGUCUGCAUGUGUAACAGUGGAGUUGACUAAGGAUUAGAUACACAUUAUAGCUCUGAUCACAGUCAGUGUGCUGUCAGGGUACUAUGCAAAGACUAUGCUAAUAAAAACUUUUCCUCUCUUCCUUCCUUCUUUCCCUCCUGCCUGCCUGCCUUCCUGCCUUCCUUCCCUGCUUGAAAAAAAUGCCACAGAGGUAAAUCACUGACUUCUUAUAAUGAUUUUGAAACGUUUCACUCCUCCUCCAUGUUCAUGCAGAGUUCUACACUAAUAGGUGCUGCCCAGAUGAAGAAUUUUAUGAGAACAGAAACAAAAGUUCAUGCUGCACAUGCCGAAAUAUGUUUCUUUCUACGAUAGAUUUUAAAAUUUGGUAAUAAAAACAUGCCAUACUCAGAAAAGUCUAAUCAACUUGCAUUUCUCUAAAGUGCUUUGUAAAUUGAUCUCAUUAUUUCCUUGGACCAGUACUUCUUUCCCAAACAAACUAGAAAAUAAAAUAUACUACCAAACAGAGUGCAGUGUGGUUAAAGAGAUGGUAUCACUACCUAGGAAGUUUCCUCCUCAGUCCUGUGAGCUGUCAUGUAAGCAGCAGUGCAGCUUGUUAAGAAUUAAAAAAUUAGCAGCCAGUUCAAGUUCAUUAGCAGAAACUCUGUUCUUCGAUCCCAGAUUUUAAACUUUGUGUAAAAACUGCACCUUGAAGGAAGUCACUACACCACUACGCGACACGUCUACAGCAUGAAGGAAGUCGUUUUGGCUUCCUCUGAAAGAGAGCUGUUUUUGCAUUGCCUCCUGACCUCCCAUUUACCUUGGCUGAAUGCGGAUAAGCUUGUUGAAAUACUCCAGCGCUGUUGGAAAGAGACAAGAUUUUGGGCUUCAGAUAUCGCUCCCAAGAACAACUGAGCAAAGACUGCUGCAUCGCUGAAUUCUGCACUCCCUCCAGUGUUUGUUUUUGUUUUUGUUUUGUUUUGUUUUGGGGGGGGGGAACUUUUUAAUAAUAGCUGUAAUUUACUUCAAGAAAAUACCUAAAAAAUUACAUUUGAGAAUCUUACCUUGUGGUACCUAUGAGAUAUGAGAAAGGAACAAAACAAAAAUUGCAUACAUUUAAUUAAAAGUGAAAUGCCCAUGAAGUGGAAUUUGUCUUUGCAAACACGCUGGAUUUCCCGAAACUUUGCUUUUUCGCUUUUUCAUGAGGUUCUGACUACAACGUCAUUAUACCAUAUACUCUGUCAUGCUGUACCUAAGAGUUGUGUGUAGAUACAUGCUGUAAUGUUUGCAUACAUACUUACACAAGUGCCUGUAGGGACAAUUUUCAUCUGCUAUUUUUAGGUAAAGAGGUACAACAGUAUUACUUGCACUCCCAGAGAGCCUCACAGACCUCGGUGGAUGGAACUUCACAGAACCACACUGAUUCAGAAAAGCACUGCUGUCUUCAUUUUGAAUGUUGGCAUAUUUAGGUAAAUUCUGAGCAUCUACCAAGAUAAAUGAAGUUCUUCAUGCUUGUUACUGAAGUGCUAGACUUAAGUCCACCCAAGUAGCUCCUGACAACCUCCUUUAAAGCCCCAGAUGUUUUGUUUCCCAGCUCUGUGCUUAACCAAAAGACACCAUCUUUCCCUUCCGUCAGCAAUGGGAGCGAUGGUACAUGGAAAGAUGAGAUAAUCUGAGAGUCAUCUAAAGCCCUCCAGUCCCUCUGUAGAGGUUUACUGUGCAGUCACAAUCAACAGCUACAGCUGUACGUAUGACUACAUAAGGCUACUAAAAUGGCUGGAGCAUUUAUCAGCAAUGCGUGCUUAACUUGCUGAAAACUUGCACAGCAGCUAUGAUAAACCGUAGGCAGCGGUCUGGCUGUAGCAUGGAAAUAAUCAUUGAACGAGGACAGUUUAAGGAUGUGAUGUGUUUAUGAAUUAAAUUCUCAUUUCAAAGUGAAUUUCAACUCUGUCUUGUAAUUAUAUGUAACACUGUUCUAAUUAUCCACUUUUAACUGAGAAAUAAAAUGUGCCUGAUGUUGAGCACCCUGUUCACACAUCAGAAGCAAAGUGAGUAGGUGUUAGGCAAAACUGGCCUGAGAUGGAUGCUCUGUUUGCAUUGCUGGUGUGUUCAGUCAUCCUUGAAAUCUGGCCUGACCAGGCAGGCAGGCCAAGGUGGACCAUCCUUCUGAUCCGGUAUUCCUGCAAGUGGAAAAAGGAGGUGUCAAACGGCAGCAAAGGGUGAAAUGACUGCGGAGCUGGGAGAGUGCUAAGGCAGCUGCAGAGACCGCCAGGGAAAGGAGAGCAAUCGGCGGGGAUGCAAGCAGGGCCCCAGGGAAGGCCAAGAAGUUGUCAUGCAAGUCGGAGCUGCCGCAUGGGAUCUAGAAAACUGUCCCUGUGAAAUCUGCUUGCUGGAUGGUUUGAACAAUAGCACAGGUUGGGCGGAAAGCUGUAUGUGAUAGGAGAUUAUUUUGUCCCAGCUAGAGUUUUGGCUUUGUAUGCACGUGUACUGUAACUUGGCGUGUUGAGUACACAUCUCCAUCGCUCUUUGCCGUCUCUUACAAACUACAUGCAAGCCCACUGAGAGAAUAUUUUCGCUCCCUGGCGAGUGCUGCGCCCGAGGCACGAGGUGGAGGGGAAGGCAGAGAGGGUGCAAAGUCAUUGUGCCUUACAUCAGCCAGUGCUGGAUUUCUUAGUGCCGUUUUUGACUCAUCCUGUUAAUUUAUCAUGAAUCGUCUUCUGCCAAUUAGAACUAAGAAGCUUCUGACCUUCAGCCCUCUUUGAUGUCUCUAAAUAUCACCUGCAGUUGUGCCAAUAAAGGAAGCGCUAAGUGGUGACACAGAAGUAAAUGUUGUUUAUUCUGUGAGUACUUGUGUGACCAAGUGACACAUGUCAAUUGGUGUGUGCAGCAGCUCAGAGGCAUUUCAGAGGUAUUAAAAAUCAAAUUGAUGAAAAACAAAUUGUUGUAAUUAAAGCCUGUCCUCUUGCAGCUAGUCCUAAGCAUGACUGCAGCUAUUUCACCUCUUAAUUGCCAUUUUAGUCCAUUGUUUUGCAGCAUCUGGAUACUAAAAAAUAUGGUUUUAAAUGGCUAAGCUGAACAAAAGGCGAAGUGCCUUUGGGUCCCCCUUCAAAGCUCGCUGUCUGCGCAGAAGAGCGCCGAACACCUCGGAUGAGUGUUCCCCCCGCUCGCCGCGUGGUGCCUCGACUUCGGUGGAGCAGGAUGAGUCCCGAGAUUAGCCCUUAUUGUGUCUAAUUUAAACUGGCUGUUUGUGACAGCUAAUCUAAUCGCGCUGCUUCUCUUUCUCCCUCAAGUGGCUGAGCUCCUCUUAUAAAUUUCCAUGCUUGGCAAGUAGCUCCCCUGUUUUUAGGAAGUAGCAGGGAUCAGCCCGCGACCGCUGGCGCGCGGAGGAGCUGGGCGGAGGGCGGCCGCUGGCUGUCAGAGGCUGGCUGGGCAGCGAGUAGGGGAAAGGCUGCGGAGGAUGUUGAGUUUAUCCACGUGCGUGAAAACAAAACCACUCAAAGGCCCCGGGUGGCUUCCUCGGUUGAAAGCACAGCCUCUCACGCAGUCGCAGCGUCCACCGGGAGCGGAGGGUCUGCAGCCCACGGCUCCUCGGCGAACGUCACGUUGCCCCGGCGCGCGGCGCGGGCGUCCGGGCUCACCUUGAUGUUGCUGGUCGAGGGCCCAGGGGCGGGAUAGCUGCUCCGCUCCCCCGCAGCCCAGCAGGCUGGCGGAGAAGGGGGCCACCGCCAGCGCUCCCCCACGGUCGCUCGGGGCCGACCCGGGCAUCCGCGCGCAGGAGAGCCUCGUGCCGUGAGGACAAAACCGGGGCAUCCCGAAGCCGGGUCUGCCUAAGAGCAGGGGCCGUUUGUUCAGUCGCUGUCUCCCCCUCACUUUUUCCAUGGAGUUUAUUGGAGGAAAAAAACAAAACAAAACAAAACAAAAAAAAACCCCAGAAGCUUGGCUAAAAUUUUUUUAAAGUUCUCAUGUGUUUCCUUUCUUAAGAUGGAAUACGUUUGUUUUUUCUUUCCAUCUGGCUCAGAGAUGAGAAAAACAUCCUUUGAUUUCUUUUUCAAAAUAAACUCUGUGUGAUGCUCCAAAA